GACGAGGCUCCGCCCCGGAAAGGGGGAGACGAGGGCGGGGUUAGCUCAGCUGUUGUGGGAUUUGUAGGUUCCUGGGUGUUUUAAGGAAGAUGGCGGUGCAGGCGACAGACGGGAUUCGUUUGAGCGCGCUAAGCCCCAAAUUCCUGCAUACCAACUCCACAAGUCAUACGUGGCCUUUCAGUGCAGUGGCUGAACUUAUUGAUAAUGCCUAUGAUCCCGAUGUUAAUGCCAAGCAAAUAUGGAUUGAUAAAACUGUAAUUAAGAGCAAUAUAUGUCUGACAUGUACAGACAGUGGGAACGGUAUGACUCUGGACAAGCUGCACAAGAUGCUCAGCUUUGGCUUCAGUGAUAAAGUUGCUGUGCAUGGCCAUGUUCCUGUCGGACUUUAUGGAAAUGGGUUUAAAUCAGGAUCCAUGCGGCUGGGAAAAGACGCCAUCGUGUUCACCAAAAAUGAAUCUGGCAUGCAUGUAGGCAUGUUAUCCCAGUCCUACUUGGAGAAAAUCAACGCAGAGCAUGUCCUGGUCCCAAUCAUAUCAUUCAACAAGCACAAGCAGCUUGAACAGACGCCUGACUCGGAGGCAAAUUUAAGGGCAAUAACCACUUACUCUCUGCUGAACAAUAUGAAAGAGCUCUUAGCUGAACUGGAUGCAAUUACCGGCCGGAAGGGAACACGGAUCAUUAUCUGGAACCUGCGGAGGGACAAACGUGGGUUCCCGGAAUUUGACUUUGAUUAUGAUAAAUAUGACAUUCUGAUACCUGCAGAGAUAGACGGUACAAAGAGAGGCUAUAAAAAGCAGGAACGAGUGGACCAGGUUGCCCCCGACAGCGACUAUUCUUUGAGAGCUUACUGUAGCAUUUUGUAUCUAAAGCCAAGAAUGCAGAUUAUUUUGAGAGGACAAAAGGUUCAAACACAGCUGGUCUCUAAAAGCCUUGCACUCAUAGAAAAAGAUGUCUACAGGCCGCAGUUUUUGCAACCUAAAACCAUAAAAAUCAUAUUUGGAUAUAACUGCCGGAACAAGGAGCAUUAUGGAGUGAUGAUGUACCAUAAAAACAGGCUCAUUAAGGCGUAUGUAAAAGUUGGCUGCCAAUUAAAGGCUAAUAACAUGGGAGUUGGGGUUGUCGGAGUCGUUGAGUGUAACUUUCUAAAGCCAACACACAAUAAGCAGGAUUUUGAUUAUACAAAUGAGUAUAGGCUUACCUUGUCUGCGUUGGGCUUUAAGCUGAAUGAUUACUGGAAUGAAAUGAAAGUAAAAAAGAAUUCUCACCCUCUAAGUCUUCCUGUAGAAGAUAUACAGAAAAAGCCCGACCAGUUGUGGGUUCAGUGUGAUUCAUGUCUUAAAUGGAGGAAAGUGCCAGAUGCAAUGGGAAAGUUAGCUGAUAAAUGGUACUGCAGUAUGAACACAGACCCACAAUUCAGAGAUUGUACGGUGGCUGAAGAGCCUGAAGAUGAUGAUGACAUUACUCACUCCACGUAUGAAAAGACCUAUAAGAGAAGGAAAUCUGAACAACUUCAACAGAUGGCAGCAGAAAAACCUACAUUUCUAUUCACACCACAGAAUAAGGAAAUGCUGCCAAGUUCUGGUCAGAGGUUUUUAACACCAAAUCAAAGCCAGGGGACAGAUCUCAACAAAAGUUGUAAACGUCCACUAUCUAAUGAGAAUGCAUCUGCUAAGAAGCAAAAGCUCAACGGCUCAGAUACUAUUGAUCUACUUCAAUGGAGUGAUGAAGAUGAAGGCGAUGUUAUUAUAAUAGAAGAUAACAGCACCGCAAAGCCAAAAAAUGAUAAUUUGAAAUCCAAUUCACAUCCGAUCGCCACUGAAAAGCUAAAUCAUAGGUCACAUGGUGCUGAGAACUUGAAAGGAAAUGAUCCCAUCCUAACUUCUGAAUCCAUUCCUAGAGGUGAGACUUCAGCAGUGGCAACCCAGACGGAAAGGAAAACUUUGGACUUUAAAAAAGAAGAAGGAAGCAAUGAUUACAGCUGUCAAGAAAACCAACCGAUGCCAGACUCCAACCUUUACAUCAACUGUAAUGGAAUUGCCCAAUAUGAAAUGGACCAAACCCAUCAUCAGGACAAUUCUGUGGAUGCAACAGACUGUGAAAAAGAAAGUCUGAAUAGGUACUGUGAAGAGCUGCUUCUCAGGGUGAAGGGAUUAGAAGGAGAGGUCACAGAACUGAGACGCAAUCAGUUUAAGAAAGAAGGUUCUCAUCAGGUGACACAGACUGAUGUCAGCCCACCGAACCCUACUGAUGUUCCUUCCAAACAGUUGGUAGCGCAGUAUGAAGAGGCCCUUAAAGAAAUAAACAGGCUGAAAGUGCAGUGUGAAAUGCUGCAGAACAUGAAGGCUGCGCCAGGCACAAAGCCUACAAAACCAACAGAGGACAGCAGUGACAUGGAUGAUAUGGCUUUGCAGAUGGACAGUUUAUUCAGACAGCUGGAUACGUGUUCCACUGAAAGGGAUCAGUAUAAAAGUGAGGCUGAACAGUUAAAGCAUCAGUCCGCGCAGAUAGAAUGUCAAACCCAGCAGCUCGAAACCCAAAUUGAACAGCUGAAGCAUAUGGUCCAAGACAUGGCGAAGAAAGAAAGUGCUUCAACCAGUGCAGCAAAGGUGGACGAGCCUAGCCUUAAGUUACGAUCUCUGCGGAUAAACGUGGCUCAGCUGCUGACCACCUUGAUGCCCGACCUGCAGUUACAAGCUCUAAACUAUGACGUCGACGUGAUUGACGAGAUUUUGACCCAAGUGUUAGAGCAAACCGAGAAUCAAGUGAAUGAACAUGAAUAAAACCGGAUGCAACACAGGGCGCACCCCCCCCCCCCCCCAAUUUGCUGCUAAAUGUGACUGGAACUUCUCAGGCCCCUUGGUACAAAAGUGCAAAAAAUAGAAGAAAAAAAAAAUAGAACUUUUUAAAACAAAAUUUUUAUGCACAGUUAUUACCUCAUUUUUUUACGAUAUUACGGAUAUGAAGUUUUUAUUUAGUUUAUUUUUUCAUUAAAUAAAAAAAAAAAUAACAUGCCAA